AUGGCUUCUUGCCUUGUCCCCGAGUUCCCUGCCGUUAUGGUCGCUCUGGAGCGUUUAAAGGAGCUGGAUAAGCAACUGAAAGACGAGGGAGUACCAUUCUCACCUGAAGCCAGCCUCCACCUGACUGAGAUAACUGCUGCCAUCACUGAGCUGGAGGCGGACAGACGCGCUGCUCAUGAACAUUUAGAAGUGGAGACCAUUGAAAACAGUAAGCUAAGACACCAAAUCAACAACAUAAGAGAACGAAUGAGCCAGGAUAUAAUGGCUGAUGUCGCAGCAGCUCGGGCAUCUAAUGCUGAGGAGAUAGAGCAGCUGCACAAAGACCUCAACACAGUCUCUCAGCUGCAAGAAACCACUGUGAAGAGGCAGGAAGCACUCAUGAGCCAAAAUGAAGCGCUACGCCCGGAGCGAGACCAGGUGAAGGCAGAGCACGAGGACGUCAUUGCUGCUCUGAAUGAUCAAAUCACACUAAAGUAUAGCUUGCAGAUGCAGCUGGGUCACACACAGGAGCAGAUAGAGGGGCUGAAGUCGUGCAUCGCUGCUGUGGAACAGGACAAAAUAACACUGCAGCAGAAUAUGGUGCUGGAGAGAGAGGCCUUCGCUGUGAAAAAAGACAACCUGUCCGGAGAUGUGGACCUGGUUGAGGAGAAAAUUAAGCAGCAGAAGCAAGUGAUCAGGAGGAGCAGGAGGGAUUUGGACAGAGUUAAUGACAAGAAACAAGAAACCCAUGACCACCUGGGCGAGCUCACAAUUCACAUGGCCAAGCUGGAGAGCAGUAUGCAAAGACUGACAGCGUCUCGGUGCCAGUUUGAGAAACAGCUGGAAGGGGAGACCCAGAGGCAUCAUGAACUGAGGAAACAGAGGGAAACGCUGAAGAAGGAGCUCUAUGAGUUAGGGGAAGCCUUCAGCGCUGCCGUCCAGCGUCUUAAAGAUGAAAUCGCAGCAGUGGAGGGUAAGAUAGAGGAGGGCAGAGCAUCAAGAAUCCUCUGUCAAGACUCCCUGGCCAAAAUCUAUGAGAUAUUCAAGCUCCAGCACGACGAAGAGAACGAAGUUAGGGCCGAGCAUUCACAUGUCUCACAGCAGCUGGAGCGGUCCAAGUUGCAGCUGGAGGAGCGCAUUGCCUCCAUAGUCAAACACAGCAAGGAGAUCAAAGAGAUGGACAAGCAGAUCGGAGAACUCCUGGAGGUGGAUGUGAUCCAUAAGCGCAUCUUUGAGAGGAAUCAGGAGGAGCUGUGUGUUAACGUGAAUGUAGAGAAGAAGAACAUCAGCCAGUUGGAGGAGGAGAAGAGGCGGCUAAGUCAGCUCUUGGAGGAGACGAAGAGGGCGCAUCAGGAACAUGUGGCGAAAAUGACCUCUGACAUCAGCAGCACCAGGAGGAGGUACGAGGAGCUGCGACAAGAGGAGGCCAGACUCCUGCAGCGUCAGCCCAUGAGCGCCGACGCCGACUUGCUGAUGAGUCACAUGACCCGGUCUGAGGUAGAGUACAGACAGUUAGAGACCACACACCACCAGGAAAUGCAGCAGUGCGCCACGGAGACGGAGAGUAUCAUGAGGAGCAACGAGGAGAAGCAGAGGGAGGGGGAGGAGAAAGAGGUGAUGCUGAAGGAGGUGGAAGCCAAGUGUAACGAGGAGCGAUCCAGGCACCAGAGCCUGAAAACGCGCACUUCCGAGCUGAGGAGGAGGAGGAAUGAUCUAGCGCUGUCGAUUCAGGGGCUGACGGAGAAAACCAGCUCUCUGCUUCAGCCCAGAGAGGAAAUGAAGGCUGAGCUGGAGGAGCUGCGAGCAGGAUAUAUGGGCUUGCUUGACAAACAGGCCUCAGAGCUGAGAUCUGUAGAGCUGAGCAUCUACGACAACAGCGUGAAACUGGAGCAGGUUAGCAUGGAGAACAGCAGGCUGCAUCUCUGUAUCAGACAGAUGACAGAAGAUGUCACCAGAGCCAGAGAGAACAAAGACAGAUACUGGCAGGAGAUCCACCAGUUCAACAAGGACACGCAGGCCUUACUGGAGAGUUUGCAGGAAGCCUGGGGAGAGGAUGUUUUGUUAACUCAGGACAGUCAGAGCAGGGAUGGCGCUCUGUUGGUGUCCAUGAGCAGCCUGUUGAACCAUCUGAAGACCAGGAGACGCCAGUUAGGACACGUCGGCACCCUCCUGCACCAACAAAUGUUAGACUUUAGCAAACGACUGGGAGAUAAAACAACUGUAGAACAGCACAGUUGA